GGGUCGGGCCGGCUUGGAGAAGGCUGCUCCCGGGGAGGUGGCUGUUUUUCAGGGGGCGAGGGAGGCUGUGCAGCCGGCGGGCAGUUGGGGAAUGGCUGGGAGAAGCCGCCGCUCCUGGCUCAGUGUGUUGCUAGGGCUCAUACUGGGCUUCAUCCUGGCGUCAAGGCUGAUCCUGCCCCGCGCUUCGGAGCUGAAGAAAGGGGGUCACCGGCGCAAAGCCAGCCCGGAGGGCUGCCGUCUGCAGCAGCAGCUGCAGGAUCUGCCACCGCAGCAGCAGCAGCAGCCCCCUGUGCUGUCGCUCGGCGGGGCGCGCGAGGACUCCCGGGGCUCGCUGCUUUGGCCUCCGGAGCUGGCCGCUGGCGGCCACCCGGACGACCUACCCCGGGCCAAGAACUUUCUCUUCGUGGGAGUCAUGACAGCCCAGAAGUAUCUGGAGAACCGAGCCGUGGCCGCCUACAAAACAUGGUCCAAGACAAUUCCUGGGAAAGUUGAAUUCUUCUCUAGUGAAGGUUCAGACACAUCCAUCCCAAUUCCUAUAGUGCCACUACAGGGUGUGGAUGACUCCUAUCCACCCCAGAAGAAGUCCUUUAUGAUGCUCAAGUACAUGCACGACCACUACUUGGACAAGUAUGAAUGGUUUAUGAGAGCAGAUGAUGAUGUUUACAUCAAAGGAGAUCGUCUGGAGAAUUUUCUAAGGAGUUUGAAUAGCAGUGAACCCCUCUUUCUUGGGCAGACAGGACUGGGCACAACAGAAGAGAUGGGAAAAUUGGCGCUGGAGCCUGGUGAGAAUUUCUGCAUGGGUGGUCCUGGUGUGAUCAUGAGCCGAGAGGUGCUUCGAAGAAUGGUACCACAUAUUGGAGAAUGCUUGAGAGAAAUGUAUACAACCCAUGAAGAUGUGGAGGUGGGACGGUGUGUCCGGAGAUUUGCAGGAGUACAGUGUGUCUGGUCUUAUGAGAUGCAGCAGCUAUUUUAUGAGAACUACGAACAGAACAAAAAGGGUUACAUCCGAGAUCUGCACAACAGCAAAAUCCACCGAGCUAUAACUUUACAUCCCAACAAAAACCCUCCUUACCAAUAUAGACUUCACAGCUACAUGUUGAGUCGCAAAAUAGCUGAACUGCGUCACCGAACCAUACAGCUCCACAGAGAAAUUGUUCUGAUGAGCAAGUACAGUAACACAGAGAUUCACAAAGAAGAUCUCCAGUUGGGAAUUCCACCUUCUUUUAUGAGGUUUCAGCCACGUCAGCGAGAGGAGAUUUUAGAAUGGGAGUUUCUUACUGGAAAAUACUUAUAUUCAGCUACUGAUGGUCAGCCCCCCAGGAGAGGAAUGGACUCUUCUCAGAGAGAAGCUUUGGAAGACAUUGUUAUGCAAGUCAUGGAAAUGAUCAAUGCAAAUGCUAAGACCAGGGGGCGAAUUAUUGAUUUCAAGGAAAUACAGUAUGGUUAUCGUAGAGUCAAUCCAAUGUAUGGGGCUGAAUACAUUCUCGACCUUCUACUCCUGUACAAAAAACAUAAAGGGAAAAAAAUGACUGUUCCUGUGAGAAGGCAUGCCUACUUGCAACAGACCUUCAGCAAGAUCCAGUUUAUGGAGCAUGAAGAAAUGGAUGCCAAAGAAUUGGCCAACAAAAUUAACCAGGAAUCUGGAUCCUUAUCUUUUCUCUCAAAUUCCCUGAAGAUGUUUGUUCCUUUUCAGCUUCCUGGAUCAAAAAAUGAAAACAAAGAACCCAAAGAUACAAAGAUAAAUAUCUUGAUUCCUUUGUCUGGACGAUUUGACAUGUUUGUGAGAUUUAUGGGGAAUUUUGAAAAGACAUGUCUCAUUCCAAAUCAAAGUGUCAAGCUUGUUGUCCUACUUUUCAAUUCUGACUCUAACCCUGACAAAGCAAAACAAGUAGAAUUGAUGAGAGAUUAUCGUGUUAAAUAUCCUAAAGCUGAUAUGCAGAUUUUGCCAGUUUCUGGAGAAUUCUCAAGAGCUCUGGCACUUGAAGUUGGAUCUUCUCAGUUUAAUAAUGAAUCUUUGUUGUUCUUCUGUGAUGUUGACCUGGUGUUUACUACAGAAUUCCUACAACGAUGUCGAGCAAAUACGGUUUUGGGCCAACAAAUAUAUUUUCCAAUCAUCUUCAGCCAGUAUGAUCCAAAGAUUGUUUAUAGUGGGACAGUUCCCAGUGACAACCAUUUUGCCUUCACUCAGAAAACUGGCUUCUGGAGAAACUAUGGGUUUGGCAUUACUUGUAUUUAUAAGGGAGAUCUUGUUAGAGUAGGUGGCUUUGAUGUUUCUAUUCAAGGUUGGGGACUUGAGGAUGUGGACCUUUUCAACAAAGUGGUUCAAGCUGGUUUGAAGACUUUUAGAAGCCAAGAAGUUGGAGUAGUCCAUGUUCACCAUCCUGUCUUUUGUGAUCCUAAUCUUGAUCCCAAACAGUACAAAAUGUGCUUAGGGUCUAAAGCAUCAACAUAUGGAUCUACACAGCAGUUGGCUGAGUUAUGGCUAGAAAAAAAUGACCCAAAUUAUGGGAAAAGCAGCAAUAAUAAUGGCUCAGUGAGGACAGCCUGAUGUCCAGCUCUGCUGGAUAAGACUCUUUUUUUAAUUACCUAAUUUAUUUUUAAAAAUUUUAAUAUGAUAGGUCAUUUUUGAAGUCCACACAAGGAUAUAUUUUAGAAGUGAUUUUCUUACAAAGAACUCCUUAGAGACUGAGCUUUUUGAACAAAAAUGUGAUCAAUAUUUGCCUUUGAACACAUCUUGUUGAACAUUAUGUAGCAAUCCUGCAUAAUUGUGACUUGAAAUAGAACUAUGAUGAACAAAAAAAUCUUUUUUUUUAACCUUUUCAUUCCAGACUUCUUUGCUAUGGUUCUAUAGUAGAGAACAUGAACAUUAAUGCAAAGUAUUAUUGUAACAAAACACUGUAUCUUUGGUAAAUGUUCUGUUGUGACUGUUAACAUUGCACAGAUUCUACCUUUUUUCUUUUUCAAAAAGAUUUUUAUUUUUUAAAAAAGCCAUUACAUGUUCAGGUUUAUAAAAUAAGGAAAUAUGACAGUAGUUGUGUCAUUAUCUUCAAAAUUACUUUCAAAGGUUAUUUCACCCAAAUUAUAAUUUUGUUGUGAUUAUGUAACUUUUGGGGAAGGGGAAGUGGGAAAAGCACAAUAUGUUAUGUGGUUAUUCAUAGCAAUUUGUUUGGCAUUAAGUCCUAAAUGGAUUUGAAUCAUAUUCCAAGGGGAAUUUAGUAUUUCUCCUUUCCUGGUCCUUUACUUUAAAGCUGAAAGGCAAUAUGUUAAUAUUUAGUCUGGCAAUGCAGAAUUAUUGUUGCAAAUCUAAAGUAUGUAAGUAAACCUUAAAAAACAAUUCCCUCUCUAAUGAGGACAUUGGGGGGAAAAUAUACAGUGUUCUGUAUUUCUAACUGCAUUCACUUUAUCCCAUUUGUGUUAUGUUGAAGAUGGUUAUUUCAUUCUUUGAAAACUGCUUUAUUUUUCUGUAUCUGAUAUACCUUUUAAUUUAUUUAAUAACCAUGGCAUAGAUUCCUGUCCUAUUUUUGAAUGCCUGUUAGUUAUUAAUAUUUGUGUGUAUUAGGAAUUUUUAAAAAAUCACUGUUAGUGUAUGUCUUCUUUGCAGUAAACUGAUCUCCAAAGAGUUCUUUUUGAAAAGUUUUUUUUUCCCUCCUACCUAUAAUUUGUAGUCUUUUCAUUUUACAAAUUAAGUGAUUUUGGACAUUUUUGGUGCUCAUACAUUAAAGGAAAAUAAGUCAAAUGGAUCUGUAUAUGAUUGCAUCAGAAAACUUAAAAUUUGUUUUAAAAUUACAGGUUGAAUGUGCCUUAAUGAAAGGAAAUCUUUUUUUCAUUUAGAGUUCAGACUGAUAGAAUUGCCAUUUUAAUACAUCAUUUGAGACCUACCUACCUAUGUGUAAAUAGCUGGUUGCUCAGAUGGAAAAAUAAACUAGUGAAUGAUAUUUUUUAUUUUUACUUUUUAGCACCAUUUAGUCUCAUUAUUCCUAGUUUAAAUAAAGAAUGUUAUUACAUUUGGAGAGGAGGAGGGAUAGCAUACUUAUUUUAAAGACUGACCGAUGAUAAAAUGGUUCUUUGAGCUAUACUUUUUCUGUGAAACUAAUUUAUAAGUACUUAUCCAUGCAUUUAUUCAUGGAAUGAACUCUCACUUUGUCUCUUCCUCAUGCUAUCUAGUUAACUCUGUGUUCUUGAGAGUUUUAGGAUAAAGUUGUAGGAUAAGUUACAUAUUGUUGGCAUAUAUAAUCCAAUAAUAAAAUAACAUAUACAGUGAGACCUUUGGUGCCAGGGCUCAGUAAACUUUUGUGGUAGAGUAUUAAACUCCCAGAAUAGGUAUUUAUAGCAUAAUUACUGUCAAGUCCCAAGAUAAUGAUACUGUACUUUCAAUAGGAAUUGCUAUAAUUCAAUAUAAUUGACAGUCUUUUUAUGGGAAAUUUUAGCCUUUCCAGGAGAAAGAACAGAUUUAAAAAGCCCUUAAUGAAUAAAAAGAACUGCUUAUUGUUAUUCAUUCUGACAAAGUAGUUUAAUUCCUCUCUUCCCUUCCUCUUCAUAAUAAAUUAUAGAACUUCAAGGAAAUGAGAUUUUUUUGGGGGGGCAGGGUAGCUUUAUUUUGUUCUUCUUAAAAUUGCUUAAUAAUUUGCGAUAUUAAAUUUUGCCAGUCUAGGUAAGGAUUGAGUCACGUUCACCUUGAUAACUUGUGUUUGAGGUUGUUAAAAAUUUAGUCUUCCAUAAGUGAAAAUUACAAGAUAAAAUUAUUCUCUUACAAACUAAGUUAAAGUUUACUUCUCUUGCACACAUGGUUCUAAAGGUAGAACUUUAACAUUAAUUACAGAAUCAGAUAAUUUGGGGAAGAUAUAACUGAGUCUUGUUCCCUGUGACCUCUAGAAAUUGUUUCCUCCCGAAGUAGUUUCAAACUCAAAUUGAAACAGGGCCACUAACCCCUCUGCAGACUACAUAUUAACUUAGAAAACCACAUAAUAACAGUACCUAUAUUCUAUUGUAUUUUCAUUUAUUAAAUGUUUCCCAAUUACAUUUCAGUCUGGUUCAGCAGCUGGGGGGGGGGCGGGUAGUGUGCUUGACACUUCUGAUCCAAAACACAAGUGGUUUCAAGGCAUUAAGGUACUAUUUAGGGAUUCCCUAUUACUAUUAUCAGAUGUUAUCCUCAUCAAAUACAAGAAUUAGUGCUUUUUAAUUUCACUGUCUCUCAAGAUAGAUUAGAAUCCUCACAGAGGCCCCUCAUGAGGACCUGGGGCUUUCUAAAACUCCUUAGCCAUUGUUAAUCUCAGGCAAUGUGGUUUUUCUCUUUCUGAUCUUGACCACAGUUCACCAACAUCUCUGCCACAGGGUAGCAUAGGAGGCCCUUACUUAGCACAUCAGCCCUAAACCACUUUUCAGGUAGCUACCAUAAUAGGCUCCUUGUCAUCUUCAACUCCCCAAAACUGAUUGUAGGAAGGAACUAGGAGGGCUUUUCUGAGCUUCAGGACGUAAGCUGUGCCCCGUCACUUUCGCUUGUAGCCUGACCAGCCCCUUAAAUAAUCCUGUUAGAGAAAGUUAAGCAAUGAUUUCUUUGAAGUGGUUUGUGUGACGUUCUGUCUGGAAUUGGGCAUGGAAUGAAUUUCCCAAGUGGCACAAUGGCAACUCCAAUAGUACAUUGAGAGUAAGGAGAUUAUGACCUUAAGCUAGUCCCUUCCUCUCUGUUCUUUUCAGUUUCCUCAUCUGUUAAAUGAGAGGAUUAGAUUUGACAACUAAUUUUUCCGAGUCUUAAGCGCCUGUGUUCCUAUGGAUAUGUGGUAGGAUGUCUAGUAGUGCCAUUACUGCAAAAUAGAAAUGGAAUCAUAUACUUUGUAGUAAGCAAAUUCCAGGCAGACAUUAGUAAUCUAUUAUUUCCUGUGGAAGUGAUCCCUUUUCAAGUAAUUGAGUUUUUUCUCUUUUGCAGAGGGCCAAGAUCAACACUUCAGCUCAGAUCAAGACUUAGUCACCCUAGAGCUUAGAUGUCUAAAUGUCAUUGAAAAUGUCUGGUUAUCCUCCCAUCUAACUAUGAAAGCAGACAGUGGACCUGUGGAAAAUAUGUUCCUUUACCUUAGUGUUUUAGAGAAUAGUAACUGAAAAAUAACAGUCAAUGUCCGGGAGAAAAGAUAAUGAAACAUACCCCUCUCCAGACCUGUGCCUUAGGAAACAACUUUUUUGAAUGGCUUGUACAGUGUUUAAGGGUGUUAGAGAGUCCAGAGAUGGGAAAAGGAGAGAAGAGAAAAAUUGCUAACGGUGUCUUGGGGCAGUAUAAAAUUCAAAAUUAAGAAUAAAUUUAGACUGAAAUAAUAAAAAUCUUUUCUUUCCCUGGAUUAACCAAAUGUCUCAUUAAUCAGCCAAACUGACAAAUUCUUUUCAAAUAUGUAAGCAAAAUCUAUCUUAAGCUUCCUUCCUGCCCAGCCUUCUUAAUCACACCUCAACCAAACCUUCCAAUCCACAUGGCCAAGACAGGACAAUAAUGCACAGAAAUGUUAUUUCUCUCUGAAUAGCAGAUAAGGAAGUAGGGAUAUUUAUAGUAAAGUAUUUUCAUAAUAAGUAGGAUGUUUCUUGAAUUCUGUACCCCUAAUUUUAUUGUGGUAUUUAUCUGAUCUGAUCUGAUCCUUUUUUUCCCUCAUAUUACUAUACACAUUCACAUAUAUGAUGUGUGAUGCACAUCAUUUUCCUCCUUAAUCUGGCAUUCUUGAUGAGAUCAUACAAAUGUGUUGGUCCUUUUCCUCUAUGCAUCCAACCCUUUUUAAUCCCCUUGAAUAUGAUGUACGUGUCUAGUAAAGGAAAUGGAUUUUAAGAGUCUUUCACCUUCCCAUCAGAAAAAACUAUUUCUGCUAAGGAUGUUUUUGAGGACUGAACUGAUGUUUCCAAACUUAUCCCUGAAAUUUGGAUCCCGUCACUUAUAAAACAAGGAUUCUAUCCACAAGGGAAAUUGGAGGACCAAAGCCCUGAAUCUUAUUGGUACUGCCUUUUCACCAGGCUGAUUGCUAGUGGCUAGGUGUCAUGACGUUGAGAAUUUGUGCAGAUUUAGAACUGCUAAUAAGAUGCCCUUUUAUACCUUGUUUUUGGCCUAACUGGAAAUGUAAUGCAUUAAUUUCAUUAAAUAUAGUCCUGGGGAAUUGAACUGUAUUACUGUUAUAAAUUGAUAGAUAACUUGCAUCACAGAUUGGUAAAGUAGGUUAUGUGCUAAAAUUCUGGAAGUUGCUUUAUGUGAUAACACAAAGUGGAUUGUAUUUUCUUUAAGAAAUUACCUGCUUUGCUUUCCUCAAUUUUUAGUGCCCACAGAAAAAAAGUUUCCCGUUUGCUGGAGUUAAAAAUGUUGGUUUAACAAAAUCUACUUAGUCUGAAAUAUUUUUUUUUAUUGACGUAACCUCACAUUGCUAUGUAGUAAAAUAGAUUAAAUCAAUUAAAUCAUUUUGCAUGAUUAGCAGUAGAAAAGUGCUUCACUGUAUGGCCACUCUGUUAAUGGCUUAAUUUUUUGAAAGGAUUGUUUGAUAUUUGUUGGGGGUAAGGGCGGGUGGGAUUUUUCAUUAUCUGUAUGAUAAAUGAAAAUACACAUUCAAAGCAAAUUAGGGGUUUGCAUGUAAUUAAUGCAAUAAAACAAUAUAAACAUCUGUUAUUUGGUAUUAAAAGUAUUACAUUAAAUUGAAAGUUAAUUAUU